GCUGGCGCCCGGGACGCGGGGGACAUGGAGGCGGUGCUGAGGCGGGAGCUGGGCUGCAGCUCCGUCAAGGCCAUGGGUCACUCCGGAAGCGGGUGCAUUAGCCAGGGCCAGAGUUACGACACGGACAGAGGACGAGUGUUUGUGAAAGUGAACUCCAAGGCGGAGGCCAGAAGAAUGUUUGAAGGUGAGAUGGCAAGUUUAACUGCCAUCCUGGAAACAGGCACAGUGCGAGUGCCCAGACCCAUCAAGGUGCUCGAUGCCCCCGGAGGCGGCAGCAUGCUGGUGAUGGAGCACUUGGACAUGUCGUCUCUGAGCAGUCAUGCUGCAAAGCUUGGAGCCCAGCUAGCAGAUCUGCACCUAAAGAACAAGAAGCUUGGAGAGACGCUCCAGAAGGACGCCAGCACAGUGGGGAGAGGAGGUGGGCAGGUGGAACGGCCCUUUGUGGACCAGUUUGGGUUUGACGUGGUGACAUGCUGUGGAUACCUCCCCCAGGUGAACGACUGGCAGAAGGACUGGGUCGAAUUUUAUGCCCGGCAGCGCAUUCAGCCCCAGAUGGACAUGGUAGAGAAGGGGUCUGGGGACAGGGAGGCCUGUGAACUCUGGUCUGCUCUGCAGUUAAAGAUCCCUAACCUGUUCCGGGAUCUGGACAUUGUCCCAGCCCUGCUCCACGGAGACCUCUGGGCAGGAAAUGUAGCAGAAGAUUCCUCUGGGCCCAUCAUUUUUGAUCCGGCUUCUUUCUAUGGCCACUCGGAGUAUGAGCUGGCCAUAGCAGGCAUGUUUGGAGGCUUUAGUGGCUCCUUCUACUCUGCCUACCACAGCAAAAUCCCCAAGGCUCCAGGGUUUGAGAAGCGCCUUCGGCUGUAUCAGCUCUUUCACUAUUUGAACCACUGGAAUCAUUUCGGAUCAGGGUAUAGAGGGUCUUCCCUCAGCAUCAUGAGGAAUCUCAUCAAAUGAGCUGGAGUCCUCUGGAGGGAGGCCUCUGCGGGGAGUCUGGGGGCCUCAAGUUCAGGAGCACCAGAUCCUAAGCAGACGCCUGCCCCAGUCCCUCUCGUUCCUCCACAGCCCUCUCCACCAGGGCUUCUUCCUCGUUUCUUCACACACCUGCAGUAGCUUCAGACCAACUCUCCAAGCCUUGUAAAGUACAUAAUAUCUCAGAAGAAAGGUUUUGUCAACCUAAAGUUGUACACUUCGUUAGACUUCGUAGCUGGAUAACACCGCACUAGAAAUACGGUGUGAACAGAGGGACCUGUGGAGUGGGGGCCGCGUGGAACCACGUGCUGCUGCAGGUGGGGAAGGGGGCUGGCCUUUGUGCGGGCACGUUCCACCAGUGCCCCGUCUCAGCUCCAGGAAUGAUGCUGCUUGAUGGGUAAGAGUUAGGUCUAGACACGAAACCGUCUUACCAGGAGUGUCUUAUAAUGACCAGUUCCAAAUUGAGCACAUUCCCUUUCCUGUGUCACCUCUGGACCCUGCCGCAGGCUGAGCAGGUCUGGACACUGAUUCUGGGAGUGACCAAAUUGCUAGCUGCAGGAGCCGCUGCAGUGCCCCUGUCAGCCCAUCGCAUCUGCCGUUUGCUGAGGCUUGCUGAGUCCUCGUUCCUGUGCAUCAUGUGAACCCAGCGCUGAACAGCACUCCUGCCUCAUCCAGUCUUGCAGUGAUGAGAAAUAUUCAUGAAUGGCAUCAAUGCUAAUAAAUCCUUCUUCAUAAAAAUUUGAAUAAACUCAGUGGUUUCAAUGAUG